AUGUCCUUCGAGACGAGCUUCCGCCCGUCCAGCAAGGCGGUCGGCGCCUCGUCCAUGCCCAACCUCCCCGCCCUGCUCAUCUGCUUCAUGCUCUUCCUGCAGACCUACCUCGCGCUCGCCAACCCCGCCGCCGCAGCUGCCGCCUCGGCGCUGUUCCCCGGGUACAAGACCCCCUCGCGCAGCGGCAACGGCAAGAACACCAACGACGGCAGCGCAAACGACAAGCACGCCAGGCUCAACAGCGACAACAACUACUACGACGUGAUCCUCCCACGGCAACAGCGGCAACAAUCGGUCGGCUCGACCUGCGACGGCUCCGAGGGGCAGUGGAACUGCAUGACCACCUCGUGGCAACGGUGCGCGGCGGGCCGGUGGAGCGUCGUCGUCGACAUGGCCGACGGGACGAACUGUCACCCCGGCGGGCUGACUUGGGACUUUGCGAUUGAGGAUCGGAGGGGACAGGGGGGUGGGAACGGCGGGGGACGCGCCACCAGCAGCGCGUUUCCGGGUUCCGGAUGGGGACUCAGGGGUGGCAUCGGUGGAGGUGGAGGGGGAGGGGGAAAGUAUUCUCUAGCAUUGGUGGAACGGCGGACGUCUUCCAAGGAAAAACCAACCGGUGUCUGGAUACAAAACUUGAUGUUCCCACGCCAGGUCUUGCUCUGA